AUGCAACUGCUCGAUUUGCUCAAGAACUACCCUAUUGCUCAAGAUUUGAUUUUUGAUUCAUCAUGGUAUAGUGCUGAGAUUGCCAUAGUUUCUUAUAUAGCUGGAAUAUUUCGAACUCUUCCCCGAAUACAACUGAAUCUUGCUUCUUCUUCGAAACAGUUGACAAAACAUUACGCAUACCGAACACUUCACAAAUCACAAAGUUUUAUUGGUUCUUCAUUGCGUUUCAUGUUACCACUACACAGACCUGUGCCGCAUAUGAAGCUUCCAUAUAAAGGUUACCUACGGUCAAAAAAUCACACUGAUACGGCAUUCACGUUUUUUGGGAUCAAAUGGGGCAUCUAUGGAUUUGUACACGCAUCAGCGACAAUUGCCCUCUUUUACUAUGGGUCUAAAUUGGUGCACUUGACAAAAGAAUCUUUAGAUUUGUUGGGUGACGAAGGCACCCCGGAAAAGUUGAAAUCAGUCUACAAAUUACAAAAAACUAAAUUUAUUAAAAAUAUGCGAAAGAUGCGUAUCUUCAAUUACGGUCUCAUUUGUUGUUUCUUCGCGUGUUCCAUAGCGCUCUUCUGCAUGAGUGCCUUGCGACAACACCUUUUUAGUAUUUUAUUCCUAAGUCGUGUUUACUAUUCUCUGUGCGCUGUUGGCGCCCCUAUCUGUGCAACAAUGGUAUUGGUUGGCAUUCUGCAAGCUGAAAUAUAUCCAGGAAACAAAACCGAUCUGAUAGAAGUAUCAACCAUUAUAUCAACCUACAUUCAAUCUCAAGACUUCGACGACGAAGAAAGCGAUGAAACAGAUGACUCAAGUAAUGAGUCCGGUAAUGAGUCCG